AUGUCCUCCGAUAGCGUGGCAUUCUACGGCUUCACGCCUGUCCCCAGGGACCCAGAGGUCCUGUUCAGAGAUCACCCUACUGCUUCGGGGCCCAACCCUAAGCAAGACUUGUUUAGCGCCUCUGACUUUGUCUUGCCCGACUCCCCCGUGGCGCAAGAGGUUAAGGCGUUCGUCCAGAAAGAGCUCGACGAGCAGACGUACAACCACAGCCACCGAGUGUACAUCUAUGGCACAGCACUCGUCAAGACGCACUUCCCGUCGUGGACAUACGACAAUGAGACGUACUACCUCGCGUGCUUGCUGCAUGACAUCGGCACGGCUGAGCGGUUCCUUGCGAGCACGAAAUUGUCGUUCGAGUUCAAGGGCGCCAUUGUUGCGCGCGACCUCAUCCUGCAGCAGGGUGGCGCGGAGGACCAGGCCGACAGCGUGUGCGAUGCCAUCAUCAGGCACCAGGAUAUAUUCGUGAAUGGGGGCAACAUUACUAUGAUCGGACAAAUCCUCCAGCUGGCUACCAUUCUCGAUAACGUCGGGCUGCGCGCCAACCUGAUUCAUCCCCAUCUGAUCAAGACGACCACCGCUGCAUACCCGCGCAAGGGUUGGUCGGAGCACUUUGCGCGCGUCAUUGAGAAGGAGCUCAAGCUCAAGCCAUGGUGCCACACGUCGACGUUCGAGCAGCCGGGUUGGAAGGAGGGUGUGCGUAGCAACUUUGCGACGGACGUCAGAGGGAACGAGGUGAUGAAAGCAUAUGACUAG